CUGCCUGUGUGUACAUACCCGCGAUGGUGCACGCCUGAUGAAGACGUACUUCUAAUGUCGUUUGUCCGAACAUGUAUGCGACCAUCUGAAGCUGCUAUGUCCCUCUGAAAGUCCCGGUUUGAAAAAUCAACAUCAAACCUCGACCCUCGCAAAGCCUCUGAGCAGGAGAAAGAAGACGCCGCCAAGAUGUUCAGCACCAAAAGACUGAAGAAGAAGUCUCAGUCGGUGGAUAUUGCCAGUCAAGGUUUCUCCCCGACUCUGGUGCCAGCCUCGCCCCAUAACAAGGCUGCACCACCUGUUGCCAAGACAACGACCGUCCUCGCCGUGCAGGAAAACAACACAACCAACUCUCAGCGCCGCAGCCCCCGGUGUGGCGAGCUAAAGAGAGGCUACACCAUAGAUACCGGCCAGAAGAAGACUCCAGAGAAGAAGGAUGGGAGGCGCAUGUCGUUCCAGAGACCUAAAGGGACCAUUGAAUAUUCUGUGGAAUCGCGGGACACGUUGAACAGCAUUGCGCUCAAGUUUGACACCACACCCAACGAACUGGUUCAGCUGAACAAGCUGUUCUCCAGAGCUGUGGUGCCUGGCCAGGUUCUGUACGUUCCUGAUCCUGAGUACGUCUCCAGUGUCGGAAGCUCUCCUUCCCUCAGUCCCAUCAGCCCCCUGUCUCCCACCUCCUCAGAAGCUGAUUUAGAGAAGGUGACGGACUCUGAUGGCCCCCCAAGACCAGAAGGUGUUCACCCUCCAGUGUUCUCUGCCCUGCGCCAGUCCAGAGUGGUGUCAUCCACCUCCGAGGAGGAAGAGGCUCUCACAGAGAAGUUCCUCAAGAUCAACUGCAAGUACAUCACUGGAGACAAGGGUGCGGUGAGCGGGGUGUUGCUGGUGACACCCAACAACAUCAUGUUUGACCCUCACCGGAUGGACCCACUGGUUCAGGCCCAUGGGUGUGAGGAGUACGGCAUCAUGUGUCCUCUGGAGGAAGUGCAGUCUGCUGCCAUCUGCAAGGAGAUAACCGACCCCAAGAUCAGAGAGGCUGUGCCCGAUGACCUGGAGCCUCUUCCAGCUGAGAGACAUCCCUCCCAGCAGAAGGACCCAGAGCAGCGCCUUAAGGAGCCAGGGGCCAACGACAGCGGCAGCACGGCCCCACGCAGCACUGAGGGCUCCAUCUCUGAAGACGUCUUCACUGAGUCGGAGCUGUCCCCAAUCCGCGAGGAGGAGCAAGCGUCUAACGAGGACCUCCGCCUGGACAAGUCCUCCGGCGCCUCGACAGAGUCUGUGCAAACCGUCACCCAGGUGGAGGCUGCAGAUGCCGAAUCCCAGGCCCCAGGCAGUGCCCCUGGCUCAGUCAGUCAACCGGAGGAGCCCACUGUGGCAAAAGCAGAGGACAAUCCGCCAGACACUGCCACAGAAAGUGAUAGCCAGUCCCCGAUGGGGUCCAAGCAGCACAGUGCAGAGAAGCCACCAAGCACACCCACUACCACCAGCAGCACUAGCCAGGCCCAGGGCCCCAGCAGCAGCACCUCUCGUCCGGGGUCCCAAAGCUCAGCCACCCCUGGUGCCACAGAUGCCAGUCCACAGGGGGAAGCCAACGAGGAGACUGACGUCUCCAAAACAGACACUAUGCAACAAGGCAAGGAGGAAAAGGAGAAUGUGGAGGAGACGCAAAAGGAUGGCACGCAGAACUCUGCAGAGGGUACAGGGUCUGCAGAGAGGCGGAAGCAUCGCUCUCACAAGUUCCUGUGUCUACGGGUGGGGAAGCCCAUGAAGAAGACAUUUGUUUCAAACGCCAGCGCCACCAUGCAGCAGUAUGCCCAGCAGGGAAAGAAGCAUGAGUACUGGUUUGCUGUGCCGCAAGAGAGGUCAGACCACCUGUACGUGUUCUUCAUGCAAUGGAGCCCGGACAUGUACGGUGAGGGGGUCAGGGGGAUGGGACAAGAGCCUGGGUUUAUGGUUGUCAAGAAGAAUGAGGUGUCAGAAACUGCUGAGGACGAGCCCAUCACUGACCUCAAUGUCAAGGAAUGGGAGGUAGUGUCUCUGACGGAGUACCACCGUCGGAUUGAUGCACUAAACAGUGAAGAUCUGCGCUCGCUCUGCAAACGACUCCAGAUCACCACCAAGGAAGAGGUGAACUCCAAACAUGGCACAUCCAUCAAGACAGAGCUGGAGCCAGAAACGUUCAAACCCAACCUCAAAGAGUCCAGUGAUCUCCUGGAGGCCGACCAGAUAGAGAAGCUUGCCAGAAAUCUCCCACCACGGACCAUUGGGUACCCAUGGACGCUGGCUUUUGGCACUUCAAAGCAUGGCAUGAGCAUUAAGACGCUGUACAGAGCCAUGCAGGGCCAGGACACCCCAGUGCUCAUGGUCAUUAAGGACAGCGAUGGCCAGGUGUUUGGUGCGUUGGCAUCUGAGCCCUUUAAAGUCAGCGAUGGCUUUUAUGGCACAGGAGAGACCUUCCUCUUCACCUUCAAUCCAGAGUUUGAGGUGUACAAAUGGACAGGUGACAACAUGUUCUUCAUCAAAGGAGAUAUGGACUCCCUAGCUUUUGGCGGAGGAAGCGGUGAGUUUGGCCUGUGGCUGGACGGAGACCUCUACCACGGCAGGAGUCACUCAUGUAAAACAUUUGGGAACCCCAUGCUCUCGAAAAAGGAGGAUUUCUAUGUUCAAGACAUAGAGAUCUGGGCUUUUGAAUAACAAAACAGUGCACCACAGGGAAAAAAACAAGUCCUGCAAAGGGCAAACUGAGGAGCGCUCCUCCUAUAGAACAAUGGCAACGCCCCAAACCUAACUGCACAUCACCAAGGCUCCCCAGGCAGGAAGCCAGCUAUCGGAUGCUUGUUGUGCGUUACUACUGCAGUUAUUACGGAGCUUUUUUUCUUUGUGAAAAAUUACCUUUGUGUGUAUCUUGUUACAGCCUUGUGCAGCGUCUUUGCAGAGUAGGGGGGAGUGUGUAAAGCAGUGAAAAGUGAUGGUGAGGGGACAGAGUUAUCAGAGGGAAGCAGAGAAGGAACCAUCAGGGCUUGAUGAGGAAAUCGGAACUCCUCUCAUCUAAAGAUGAUGGUAGCGGAGGUUUGGGACUGCUGCGAGAACAGAGAACUGCCCCACUGGUCCAGAUUGUGUAUCUGAACUUUACAGAACCUCAAGGAGUCCCCAGCAUCCUCUCAGACCCCCCUAGAAGUUUGUCCAGUCAGUAGGAUGUAACUCCCUGUGCUGUCAGCCUUGGCGGAGAGAGACAUAGAUACAGCGAAAGAAAUGAGACAAAAGCAGAACACAUUCCAUUAUUCCUGGUGAUGGUGGAGUGUCAAAAUAAAGUUGCGGUAAAACACCAAUAUACGAAACUCAUCAGCAGCAGGAUACGAUGACACUUAACUCAGAGAGGAGAGAAUAUUUACUGGGGGAGGGGGGUAUCAGUCUUUUUACAGUACCGUUCUGGGUCGUCUUCUGAGGCUAAACUAUAGAGUAUUGUGUAUUGUAGUCCUCCUGUUGUUUCACUGUCAUAGCACACCAUCUGAAAGCACAUAGCUAUAAUCAGAUCACCCAUCGUUGUAAUGUUCUGUUCAGUGGGUGUACGUGUGAGUCCAGCUAACACCGGCUCCUCUCGCAGGAUGCUGGCUGUACUGUUUGUAGACAGUAACGUGUUGCAAUAGAUUUGUGGAAUAUGCAAAUAACUGUCCUGUGACCUCAAAUACCCGCAGGUCGUGGCACUUUUGCCACCGCCUGUCAAAACUCUUUCAAGAGAGAAACUUGUAAAGCUUUUACGUCUUGAUACACAAUCGCUUUUCUGGGUAUCAUUUGAAAAGCCUGAGACGUGGUUAACUGUUUUACAUGCAUAUAUGACAAUUAUAUAUUGGUAUAUAUGAUUAUAUAUAGAUUUAUAGGAACACAGAUAUUUUGCUGUUAAGUGUGACAGUGAUCUACUUGUGCUGAUAUUUCAGCUGUUACAAUAUAAUGUAUAUUACCCUGUAAAUUUAUGUUCAAAUAGUAGAUUUGUUCCUCUAUAUAUA